AUGGCUGUGGCGGGCGGGCGGCAGCGCGCCUGCGCGCUGGGGCGCGGGGGCUCUUCGGCCGGCGGGGAGCCCCUCCUGGGCGGCCCCAAGGCCCGCGGGAGUCGGGCGGCGGCGGCUGAGGCGAGGCGGGCGACGCGCGGGGGUCGGAGCCCGUGGCGGAGGCGCUGGGGAGGCCGGGCCCGCGACGCCCGAGCUCCGCUGCGGCAGCGGCCGCCGAGGCUCCCCGCGGUCUCGGCUGCCGGGCCCGGCGUGGGCGGGCGGCUUGGGCGCCCGGGGACGGCCCGGGCUGGUGGACGGGCGCUCCGGAGGAGCCGGCGGCCGCGCGCGGACCCGGAAAAGCAAAAUGUCCUUGAGCGCGCGGGCAGGAGGGGGCGGCGGGCCGGGCCGCGGUGCUCCCCGCGCAGCCCCGGGGGUCGCGGGCACCUCUACGGGGGUCGCAGGCCCGGGUCGCCGGCCAGGAGGGGACUCGGGCGGGGGCGGGCUCGCUGCGGGACCCCCGACCCGCAGAGGGAGCGAGGGGCGGCGGCGGGGACCCGCGCGGGCGGGAGCCCUUGCCUGUCUUGCCUUGUAUUUUGA